CCUGGGGUCCGGUUCUUCUGAACGUGAGUCAUGUGACCUCGGAGCGGAGGCUGUCCAUGGCUGAUAUGUACGGGUGGAGGAUGCGCAGACGUGUCUGACACCCUCAGGGAGAUGGUGACUGUGCCACCAUAAACCAUGCCAGGAAAGCUGAAGGUCAAGAUAGUGGCGGGACGCCACUUACCGGUGAUGGACCGCGCCAGUGACCUGACCGAUGCCUUUGUUGAGGUGAAGUUUGCAAACACCACUUUUAAGACAGAUGUGUACCCCAAGUCCCUCAAUCCACAGUGGAACUCGGAAUGGUUCAAGUUUGAGGUUGAUGAUGAGGAUUUGCAGGAUGAGCCUUUACAGAUCACGGUACUGGAUCACGACACGUACAGUGCCAAUGACGCCAUUGGGAAGGUGUACAUAGACAUAGACCCUCUAUUGUACACCGAGGCUGCUACUGUCAUCUCCGGAUGGUUUCCAAUCUAUGACACCAUACAUGGGAUUCGUGGUGAGAUCAGCGUGGUGGUGAAAGUCGAUCUGUUCAACGACCUAAAUCGCUUUAGACAGUCUUCAUGUGGAGUCAAGUUCUUCUGCACCACGUCCAUUCCUAAGUCAUACCGUGCAGUCGUAAUCCAUGGCUUUGUAGAAGAACUGGUGGUGAAUGAGGAUCCAGAAUAUCAGUGGAUUGAUCGAAUCCGGACUCCAAGAGCUUCCAAUGAGGCUCGACAGCGGUUGAUUUCCCUGAUGUCCGGCGAGCUGCAGAGGAAGAUCGGCCUAAAGGUACUGGAGAUGCGAGGCAAUGCCGUGGUUGGCUAUCUACAGUGCUUUGAUCUGGAGGGAGAGUCUGGUCUAGUGGUUCGGGCCAUUGGAACCGCGUGUACUCUGGAUAAACUAACCAACUUGACUCCGUUCCCUCCUGCCUGCCACUCCCCAUGUAAAGAUCUGAAGGAGACCCCCUUCAAUGAAGAGCUUAUCCCCAAUAUUCACUCAUCCGGACCCUCCACCCCUCUGAAAAACCAAACUUAUUCCUUUUCACCUUCCAAGUCCUACAGCCGACAGUCCUCUUCUUCAGACACAGAUUUGAGUUUGACACCUAAAACUGCUCUAAUUCCAAAGGGUCCUCGAUUUUUCAUCUCCCCCAGCUCCCCUUCUCUUACUUUUGAGUCCCCGAGCCUCAGACAUCCCAAUAGUCUUCUCCUGGCCUAUAGCGUCUCCCUACCACACACUAGUCAUGACAGCCCACGCCUGAGGAAAUCUGUAUCGUUCAGCGAUGAGCUGCUUCUGACAGCUGGUAUGGGGAGUGGAAGUGCAGGAAGAGAAGGUGGUACCUUUAAAACUCUACUGAGGCAGCAGACACAGGUGGCACUGGAGCAGCGGGAAUUCCCUUUUUUCACUCUGACUGCAUUUCCUGUGGGCUUCCUCGUCCAUGUCGCUGGUGUGGUCAGCGCUCGAUCUGUGAAACUUCUGGAUCGGAUUCACAAUCCGGAUGACCCAGAAACGAGAGAUGCCUGGUGGGCCGAGAUCCGGCAGGAGAUAAAAUCUCACGCCAAAGCGCUGGGCUGCCAUGCUGUUGUAGGCUACAGUGAGUCCACUAGCAUUUGUGAAGAAGUCUGCAUCCUGUCCGCCUCGGGCACAGCCGCUGUACUGAACCCCCGAUUCUUGCAGGAAGCUGCCAGCGAAUGCUGUUUGGAACAAAGGUUGUCGUCGCAGCCCGGCUUCUUUGUAGGGUCAGACAAGGGAGAGUUUGAUUUUAUCCUUCAGAGCAAGGAUAGUGGCGCUCGUCUAGGGACGGAAGAGUCGCCGCUGCCACCAUGCAGUUUCUGUCACAUCCCCUAUGACGAGCUGAACAUGCCAUUUCCCGCUCACCUCACCUUCUGUUACAGCUGCCGCAAGCAGAAGGUUCCCGAUGUCCUGUUCACUACCAUAGAUUUGCCGGCUGAUACUCCAGUAGUGGGAAAAGGCUGUCUAAUUCAGGCGAGGUUGUGUCGUCUAAAGAAGAAGGCGCAAGCAGAGGCAAAUGCCACCACCAUCAGUAACCUGCUGCCCUUCAUGGAGUACGAGCUGCACACCCAGCUUAUGAACAAGCUGAAGCUGAAGGGGAUGAACGCCCUGUUCGGCCUGAGGAUUCAGAUCACAGUCGGGGAGAACAUGCUGCUGGGACUGGCGUCUGCCACAGGGGUGUAUCUGGCCUCAUUACCAACCCCUGGGGGGAUCCAGAUUUCCGGUAAGACUCCCAACGAAGGACCAUACGAGCAACAUCUUUCCCACAUGCAGAAGAAGAUCAAUGAAACCAUUGCCAAAAACAAGGAACUUUAUGAAGUCAACCCCCCGGAAUUACUGGAAGAGAUUAUUGGGUCUCCUAUCCCGGAGCCACGGCAGAGAACAAGGCUGCUCCGCUCUCAUUCUGAAAGCUCCGAUGAGGUUCUGGAACUUGAUCUCUCUCAUGGUAAAAAGGAUGCCUUUGUCCUGGAGAUUGAUGACACUGAUGCUGUGGAAGAUGUCCACUCACUCCUGACAGAUGUCCCACCCCCUCCAGGAUUCUACAGCUGCAACACCGAAAUCAUGCCUGGGAUCAACAACUGGACCUCAGAUAUCCAGAUGUUCACAUCUGUCCGCGUCAUAAGACUUCCCAACGUAAACCUGACCAACCAGACCUUGAACAAAAACUUCAACGACAUGUGUGAGAACCACCUGAAGAGUCUGUACUUUAAGCUGCGUUCCAUGAUCCCAUGCUGCCUCUGUCACGUCAAUUUCACGGUCGCUGUGCCGGAGGACGAGUCCAUACAGGUCGCGGUCACUGCAGUGGCAAUUACCUUUGACAAGCAAGAUGCUUUACAGACCAGUAAAAACAAGGCAGAACUUCCGCUACCGCGAGUUUCUGCAGACACAGAGGAGCUUCUCCAGUUCUCUUUAGAAUUAUCAUCAGAGUCUCCCGGAAUGCAACCCUUCUCUCCAGCUAAAGAUCUCCAGGAGAAGACAGGAUCUCCAGCCAGUGCACCUCAGAGAGCCUCUGCCGUUGAUUACGGUUCCUUUGCAGACAGAUGCAGCAGCUGGAUAGAGCACAUUAAAAUGAGGGCUCAGACCAUAAGACGCGGAUCAGUAAAAACAAUUACGUCUCUGGAUAAGGCAAGUCCAUUGGGUGAGGGUCACUUGAAAAACCGCUUCGGUGCUGCUCUUGGUAGUCCAACCGUUACCGUAGUCAAGAUGACUCCUCUUUCCUUUAUACCAAGGGCCAAAAUAACCAAAUAUCUUGGUAUUAUCAACAUGUUUUUCAUACGAGAAACAACGUCAUUGCGUGAGGAAGGAGGAGUGAGCGGAUUCCUCCAUGCCUUUAUAUGUGAAGUAUUCGCUAUGGUCCGUGCCCAUGUUGCUGCUUUAGGGGGGAACGCUGUGGUGUCGUACAUUAUGAAGCAAUGCGUCUUUAUGGAAAACACAAAUAAGAACCAGGCACAAUGCCUCAUUAAUAUCAGUGGAGACGCAGUUAUCUUCACACGGGAUUUAGAUAUGGACAUGACCAACUCUGCAACACACCAGCACUCCAGUCAGACGUCUGCAGGAGAAGGAACGUGAGGGUGGAGUGGGCGAUUCUGAUCUGCAGGAAGCCGUGCCAUUUAUUGUGUUUUAUUCUGCAUCAUUUCUGUUACUUUUUGAUAUCCAGAUAAUUGGUGUAGAACAUGCGCUAAUUCCACCAUCCACUGAGCUCCGCCAUCGGCCACUGAAAUCCAUCAGCCAUUUUACCACCUCAGGUUGGGUAGCAAGCCUUUAUUGGUCUUGUCUGCUUGGAGGAGCGCCCAAGAUCUGCAUAUCUCCAUGUGGAAGGAGAUGACAAAUCGGUUUUCCAGUGGGACUAGCAUUCCAAUUCCAAGCAUGCCUCUGGAUGGUAUGGCUUUGUAGUCUCUCAGUCUGUCAUCUCCUGCACGAGUUUAUAAAAAGAUUAACCACAAAAACAAAAGACUGACUACUCGUAUGAAAGCAAACAUCUGCCUGGCCGCAAUGUCACCUGAUUUUCUGACUCCUCUUCUAAUUGCAUCUGAAGGGCUCAUUCACUGACAUGAAACAGUGGCCUGGUUACAGACCCGUCUGAAUCCGUAAAGCUUCUCCCUAUAGCCCUGCUAAAGCCAUUGUAUUAUAAAUGCUAAUGGCAGCUUCUCUUAUGUACUGACUGAACAGUUGGGGGUUAUGGAGACCCCAGGACAACUGCGAAGAAGGAGGGUGAUGGAAACGGGUCAUCUGUAUAUUUUCCACCACGCUGCCAACUGAUCAAAUACUGCAUGAGGUUAUAAAUUUACAGUGGACCGCAGGGGGCACGGCCCAAGCAGUAAUCUACAUCCCUGCAGUCUCUAAGGCUCUGGACCCUCACUAGGAAUCAUCAGCUUUAUGUACCAUCUUCUCUUUAAAUUAUAUCUAUUUUUGAUACUUUUAUUGAAAUAGUUUUAUGUUGCAACGACUGACCCAUCGGGAGGGGUCGACCGCUGCAUGGGAUGCAAAUCUCACAAUGGAAAGACUUGAAUGUAAAUAUGAAAUAAAUCAUGAUAAAAAAACUUCUCCACUC